AUGAGGCGUGAUGAGCGAGGACGACCUAGCUCGGGUGUCACGCUGCUCGACGAUGACGGCCUCUAUCUGGUCGCCCGCGAGCCUCUCGCCGCCUUGCCGUCCAACACUCGCCAUGCUUCUUCUGACGGUCUCAACGCAAUGGCGGAUAGUGCCAAUGCACUCGUCGCCGCGCUCGCGCCUAUUCAAGAUGGCCUGCUCGCCGACGCUGGGUUAGCAUUGCAUACCCAUGUGUGGUUCAAGAGAUACGAGCCGACAGACCUCGUUUCGCUUGGGAUACUGCUUGGUGUGCUGCCUGCGGUACCUGUGGCCUUGCUCCGCGUCCCCCUAGCCUCGACACCGCUCGCCAUCCUGGUUGGCAAUGCUUCUUUCUACGCUUUCCUCUUCUUCUCCAUCACCGCCUACCGCCUUUCGCCAUUCCAUUCGCUCUACAAGCUCACGAACUUCCGCGGGAUGUUCAUUGCAGCUGGAGGCAAGCAGCAUCUCUAUUUCAAGGAGAUGCAUGCCAAGUAUGGCCCGAUCGUGCGCCUCGGCCCCAAUGUGUUGUCCAUAGUGGACACCGACUUGCUUCCCUCCAUACUCAAUAUGCCACGCGGCCCCAUGUGGGAUGGGCGCCGCAUCUCGGGCAAGCGGGGUCAGGGCACUGCCGGGAUCCAGAAGGGCAACCUCAUGGGCUCGCGCAACAUGCAGGUGCAUGGGGAGGCGCGCAAAGUCUGGAACCGCACGUUCACCACCGCCUCCGUGAAGAAGUACGAGCCGAUUGUGAUUCGGCGGGUGUCCCAGUUGGUCGACGAGCUAAAGGGGCGCUGUGCCGCGAACCCUUCGAAGGCUGUGGGGGUGGACAUUGCGUACUGGAUAGACUGUUUCUCGUUCGACUUCAUGGGAGAUUUCGCCGUUCCAAACUUGUCCGGGUAUGUGCCAAGGACCAUCGAGGCCGUCGUGUGGCUCCCGUUCCUCCCCAAGGGAGCAAAGAAUCUCGGCGAGUUUGCCUUCCAGCAGGUCCUCAGGAGGCUCAAGGAGGGUGCGGUGCACGAUGACCUGUUCUACCAUCUCAACGCCGAGGCGAAGAUCGACAACGACCCGCCCCCGCUCCCAGUCUUGGUCUCCAAUGCCGUCACGGCUAUCGUCGCAGGCUCGGACACCACGGCCGUCUCCCUGACGCACGCCCUGUAUCUGCUCAUGGGCCACCCGACGUGCUACAAGCGCUUGCAAGCAGAGCUGGACGCUGUGUUCCCGCAUUGGCAUCGUGUCAUCGGUGGGGACUUGUUCGGUUUUGGUUGCUAA